CGUCAGGAAGAAGAAAAACAAAACAAACCCGAUAGAGCUGCGGCAGCGUGUAGACUCCAUUGAAAAGUGGGCCUUAUUACCUCCAACUCGAGAGCACACAGAGGUCCCGGGCGAGGAGAGGCGCGUGAGGGGACUUUCCUUGAUACCUACAGCACAGAGAGAGCCACAGCAGACCAGACCAGACAGAGUCACGCCACUGGGACUGGACAGGAGACCCAGAGGUUCCCCCCGCUGGAGCUCUAAGCUGUGCCUGGCAAUGCCUCAGCCCAGCGUCAGUGGGAUGGAGCCUCCCUUUGGGGACGCCUUUCAGAACUACUCAUUUGCUGACCAGGCUUUGACCAGCACUGAGCUACUUGCCACCAGCUCUGACCCAGACUUCAUGUACGAACUGGAUAGGGACAUGAGCCACCGACAGAGUCCCUGUGGGGACAGUGUAGUGGGGGCCGGGGAUGGAGGAAAGGAGGUUGAGGGCAGCAUGGAUCAGCUCAUGGGUUUCGGCGAGACUGAGACGGUGUGCAGCAGCUCAGCGUUUGAACAGUGGGACUCCUACUGGGAAGACCUCACCAGAUACACACGGCUGGCCAGCUGUGAUAUCUGGGGAACUAAAGAGGUGGAUUUCCUUGGAUUGGAUGAUUUUUCUAGUCCCUACCAGGAUGAGGAGGUGAUCAGUCGAACCCCGACCCUGGCUCAACUCAAUAGUGAGGAUUCUCAGCCUGUGUGUGAGACCCUCUACCCCCCUGCUGCCGACCUGACCCUGCCCACGCCCCAGCUUCAGACUCAGCCCUCCCAGUUUCCUUGGCACAGUAAGAGAGCCCUGCACCCAGGCCAAGGAUCUGGCCCUGGCUCUGCACGGCCCUCCCAAAGCUCCACAUCUGGUUCUCGUCCCUCCCGCAGUCUUCUCCCAGACUUCCCUGAAGGCUCCCAAAAAGCCACCAGGCCUGUGCCCUCCAGCACUGAAACUGUGGCUAAGAACCAGAACCAUCUAAGUCUCACCCAGAACCACAGCCAGGCUCAAAGCAAGACCCCAGUGCGAGGAACCAAGAUGCUCGCUCCAUCAUCCCAUGGUUCUGACUUUGUUCGGAAAGCUAAAGUUCGUGUGAGUGCCGUGCAAAAGGCUCAGCCAAACCUUCCCAUCCAGCCAGAUCCAAAGUCAGUUCCACCUCUACCUCUCUCCCAGCCCCAAGACGAAAAAGCUUCCACUUCAGCGUGUGCUACAUUAGUGGGAUUCCCUGGUGCUGCAGCCGGUGGCUCUGGCACCCUGACAAGCUUUGAGAGGAGGGCAGAGGGGACAGGAAGGAGAGAGAUGCCUGUUGGCUGGUCCUCCUCUGUGCCUCAACUGGUGGAGACAAACCAGGCCCUGGAGGGCAGCACCUCUGGGCUGGUGAGUAGUGGUGAAACUGUGGCAGGGGCUAGCAGCAGCAGCAGUCCUGGUGUUCUGGUUGUCGAGGGCGCUGUGGAGAAAAGCAAGGAGGAGGAACACAACUACUCGCUGUUCCUGACCCGCAGCCAACAGGCCGGCAGAACCCAUGCCCAGCUGGACGAGGAUGAGGAAGAGGAGGAUGAGGAAGAGGCAGAUGAGGAGGAGGAAGCUGAUGGACUGGAACUAGACGACGAAGACCACGAUGAAGGAUUUGGCAGUGAGCAUGAGCUUUCUGAGAAUGAAGAGGAGGAGGAGGAGGAGGAGGAGGAUGAUGACUAUGAAGCAGACAAGGACGACGACAUGAGUGAUGCCUUUUCUGAACCAGGCUGUGACAUGGAGCUGAUGGAAGACAUUAAAGGCCUGACAGCAGGAGUCUCCACCCGGAAAAGAGGCAAGCGUCGCUACUUUUGGGAGUACAGCGAACAGCUCACCCCCUCCAAACAGGAACGUAUGCUAAAGCCGUCUGAGUGGGACAGACACACGCUGCCUAGUAACCUGUACCAGAAGAAUGGGCCUCUCCAUGGAAAGUACAUGUUGAAAAAGUCGCGUCGCACAGAUGUGGAAGACCUGACUCCCAAUCCGCGAAAGUUGCUGCAGAUCGGCACCGAGCUCCGCAAACUGAACAAGGUGAUCAGCGACUUGACGCCGGUGAGCGAGCUGCCGCUGACUGCACGGCCGCGCUCCCGCAAGGAGAAGAACAAGCUGGCAUCCAGAGCUUGUCGUUUGAAAAAGAAAGCCCAGUAUGAAGCCAACAAGGUGAAACUCUGGGGACUCAGUACAGAAUACGAUCGGCUGCUCUUUGUGAUCAAUACUAUCAAGGAGGAGAUUGUGGCACGAGUUGAGGACUCUACUCCCCGGCCGACCAACAUGACUGACACUCUGGAGCGGCUCAUCCAGGAGACACUUGUGGCAUCACCUGUUGCUGGGGAGACGUCAGACUUUGUCAACAAGAUCUUGGAGAACACAGGAAGCGGCGACCCCACUGGAGGACUUGUGGGACUGCGAGUGCCCACUUCCAAAAUCUAGACAAGCCGCUGUCCACCGAGAGGAGUGGACUCAAUAUUACCACCGUGCUGUCCCAUUGUAACUAUGCUCCCCUCUGCAUGCCCCUCCAACCCCGCACACAUGUACACAUUCUUAGUCACACAAACACACAUACCACAUGUUGUGUGUAUGUAUGUGUGCUUGUUAACAGCCAUGCACCUGUAUGGCCCAUACAACGUAGCUUCCUGCCUCUGCAUUCUGCAUGCAGAGUCGGCCCGUCACCGUUUCCCCAACCCAUCAUUAGCAUCUGUUGGGAAACGCGCCUCUCAAAGCAAACAAUGGUCGGGUGUAUAGCUAAUAGCACGUCCUAAAUCCACUGGUGAUUCUUAGAUGUGUUUAACAUAGCAUUGCGUUGGGUUGGUUGAGUCGGAGGUUCACUUCCAGGGCUGAGACAGAGACAGUCACACGAGUGCAACCACUGGAAUACUGAUGAUGGAGGAUGAGCUGUUACACCAUCAAAGGUUGAAAAAGGUUCCGGGUAUCAUUUCCUCGAAGAGCUUCACUUCACAUGGCAACGAAAGCGAAACGUGGGAUGUUCAAAAUUGACCCACCGAUUAAAGCACUUCACUGAGAAAAAGAAAAGAAAAAAAAAAAAAAGCUUUGGUUGCAAAGACAGCUGCAGAGGGAAAAAAAAGAUUCUGCAUGUUCUGAGGCCUUAUGGGGUGGCAGGAAAUAUUUUGUAUUGAAGGCCUAAAUAUGUUCCUGCCAUCCCCUGUUUGCCAAUCCGCUUGUUGAAAUGUGGGCGUUAUCUCCUCACAAAUUAAUGCCACAAACAAAACAAGGACAACAAAAAGCACUUGCUGAAGCUGAAAGUUAAAAAUGAGAAACUACAGUAUGUGGCAUCCUGCUGAGUUGGUGACUCAGUUGUUGACCAUGUGGAGAGGAAGCACAUGUAGUUUGGUGCUUAUUUUGGCCUUGUGCUGGUUAUGACUGGACUGGGACUGGGACUGGGACUGGGAGUGGACUGUGAGGAAGAUCAUGGUGGUGAUGAAGAAGACACGAACAGUGAUCCAUCUCCUCCAACAGUCUCACACACACACAUGUACAUAGAGGUGUCUCCCAGUGAAAAGCAGCACCGGCUCCCCUUUUUUUUGUACAGUAGAGGUGACCAGGCUAACAGUUUGGUGUGUUCAUACUAGUGUUUGAUCAAAGUUCUAUUCAUUGUGCCUUUUUUAUGUAUGUAUGUGUGUGUUUCUGUGAGUGUGAGUGAGGAUGUGAGAGGGACUGAACAAGGAGAGGUGAUUGGACAGAACUCCUUGAGGUUCCAUUUUGAGGAGAGGACUACUUUACACUGAGGGUGAUUGUUAGUGAAUGUGAGGAGGGAGACACCUGUCGGGGUUUAGUGUGUAUUUCAGUUGUUUAAAGAUAUUCUGAAUGUACAUAAAAACAAGUGGAAGCUCUCGUUGCGUGAUGCCACAGAGUCUGUGUAUAUAGGAGGGCUCUGCAAUAGAUUACUUGUGGUUUUUGGUACUUUUGUCUUUGAGGGUAAGGGUUAGGGGUUUACCUGAUAUUUUCGUUUAAGAGUUACAAAAAAAGAAUAUUUGCACACUAUAUUUUGAUUGUUUUUUGUACCAAAGACACAUGCAACGAAAAAACGGCGACCAGCCAGUUAAAGUAAGGUUUUGCACAGCUUACCUGACGCCGUAUUGAAUGUAAGAAAUGUGGGAGGGUCAGGGAACUUCAUAGAACUGUGAAAUUAGUUUGGGUCCAAUUCUGUACAGAAAAGGAACAUUCAUUAUUAUUACUUUUUAUUUUUAUCUAAAAUUUUACUCCAUCUGUGGGGUUCUCCAGUUAAUUAGUUGCUGAUGAAGCACUUCAUUCCCGAACUGAUUCCUCUAUCCACAUGCUAAUUGUGUUAACGCUCUUAUUUAGGACAAAAAACGAGAGCACUCGUAGAUAAGCUAUGUUUCCUUUUUUUUUUUUUGCUUGUUUGUCAAAGUGUCAUCAACAGUAACCAAAAUGUUUUGUUCCUGUGUAGAAGUCUGUACGUAGACGAGGUCUAGUUCAUCCACAAAAUAUUAUCUGAAUUGUCUUUUUAAGUACUGUAUAUAAGAAAAACAUCAGUGAUAUAUCUCUAUCAAAGGUGAAAUGCCACUUUUCAAGAUUAAUUUUAAGCAUGAAACAUUUAUAUAGCUUCUCCUUGCAUUCAGAAAAUUAGAGGAAAAAUCGGAAAACCAAAAAAAAAAGAAAAAAAAAAAGUUAUUGUUAUAUUUUUGUAUUAUAGCCGCCUGCUCGCUUUUCCUGAUGGUUUGGAAGUAUUUGCUGGUCGGAUUCUCCAAAUGGAGGGAAGGAGUUGUGGGUUACAGAGAAUUUAUUCCAGACAAAAUGCAACACAGUCGUAUGUCUAAAGUCGAGUCUGUAAGAGAAUGACAACAGGCUGUCUUUAGCACAGAUAGGGACGUGGAGAUGAGAGGGCUGAUGAGGAACCAGCCGCGGUGUUGUCAUAGACGCUGUAAGAAAGCCAAAGCCACUCGAUUCCGUCGUAGACUGAUCUAGAUUCAGCACUAUGCGUUGCCUUUUUUUUGUCCUCCCGGUUUUCACACAUAUUCCUUCUUUAACCGUGAAGCGGGUUGAAUUCUGCAUUUCCUGGGAUUGGCAUCACUUCCUCAGAGGUUCCCCUGCUCAUCUUAAUCUGCCUGGUCCACAGCAAUUGUUGCUCACUAAAAACACACAGCGUUACAAAGUUCGGGCCACCAAAUGGCAGCGCGUCCAACCUUUAACAAUGCAUGUUGCCUGUGUAUGCGUCCCUCUCUGCUGCCUGCUCAGAGGAAACUCUGCCAUUCCCAGGAAUUUCAGAAUUCGGGCCUGAAUUCACGCAUGUAGUGGGCAAAUGUCAUAAAAAACACUUUAUUGAUGCUGAAUUCAGGUUAGUGUGAAGUGCUCCUUCGCAUAAUGAUGAUGGUGGUGCAGAGCUGUGGUCUUUGUGUACCAUGUGAUUGAAUAACGACGAGUGCUACAUACAGUAUAUAAAGUAUAUAUAUAUUUUUACUGUUUUCCAUUUUGUCUAAAAAGGGAGAAAUGGUGCUUUUUUCUGAAAGGAGAACAACGAGUAUCCAUCAUUCUUAUUUGACUUCUUUAGUCUAGUUGUAGCCUAAUGACUUGCUCUCCCCUGCCGUCCAUAGCUAUUUUCCUAGUAGUGAUUCAUUUUUGUAAAUACACUAUAAGUUAAUAUGUAUCUUAUAAAUGUUAGAUAUAUGUAUAGAAUACUAUAUCUUCUAUGUUUGAAAACAAAAGCACUUUGUCCAAAAAGAGAAAAAAAGAAAGAAAAAAAAGAAGCAUUUUUUUUCUUCCAUUUGCUGCUAAAAGGCCUGGUGUGAAUGCUGCAAGUGUACUUGAUGACUACUUGCUAGGAUUGGUCUAUUACCUGAACCGGCUAGGUCUAUAGACUAGCGAGAACAAGGUGUAGAGUGGUAUGUCCUGACAAGGGUUGGAUCUCCGUGUUUCUGGAGUGUUGUAGUGAUGCCAGGUGAUACAUGAGAGCGAAUCAUUGCUUCAGGCUUUGAGAGACGAUAGAUCUGUGUCCUGGUCAGGGACGGUGUGGACAGUGUGUGUUUGUGGUCUUAAAAAAAAAUUAGGGUUUUGAUUCCAGGGCCCCUACAUUGAUCCUGAUGCUGAGCCCCUUGGCGUCAUGAUCCAUUUGCCUUCAGUAGAGGUUUCCUAUGGAAAAACUGAUUCUGCUUUGGCUUCCUCUUCAGGGUGAUGUACAGUGUAGACACAUUUCUCCAGAGAGCUAUAUUGUUAUCAUUUGUAAACUGAUUUCUACUUGUGACUUAAUGAGGAGGGGGUUUUAGCCUGGGACGGCCAGGAAGAGCUUGUUUGAAAAGAUCUUCCUGGCCGCCUCGGGGGAAGUUACUAUAUCACUGUACUGUAUGGCAAGCCAAUUACAAAUGAAGACUCAAUCCGGACACUUAUUGCCUUCUUAAAUAACUUCACAAACAAAAACAAUAACGUGGCAGACAAUUCAGCGUCCCAGGGUGUGCGCCUGAGGUUUAUGAUAUUGUUCUACCAAUAUACGGACAACAACAACAACAACAACAACAACAACAACAAAUCCAUUCAGCCUGAUUCGCUCAAAACAACCUUGAUUGAAGUAGCAGACGUGGCAAAACGUACCUGAAAAAAACGGCUUCAAAAGCUUGAGCUCGUCGUGCCCAGUCGUUUCCUUCGGGACAGCAUUUGGACGCCUCUUUUUUUCAGCUGCGGUUUUGCCCCGGUCUGGUCGCGGGUCAGCAGCGGUCAAAGGGCCACUGGCUGACGGCCGGCAGAGAAAUGCGUCGCGUGUGUUUUGCUGCCGAUCACGAGGCUGGUUCAAGAGAGAGUCCUCACAGGUUUUUACAUUUAGAAUGAGAGGCGCAAGCUGUGCAACUUUACAUUCAAACCAGGAGACUCUGUGGCAUUUUUAAACCGUCAAGGAAAUGAGUGAAAAUCCACGCCAGUAAAACUAUUCCUUAUUCUUUUUUUUUUUUUGAUUUCUGAUAAAUCCUAUUCAGUCAACUAUUAAGCUAAUAGAGUGUGUAACAUUGUGCUACUCUUGUCCAAUACAAGCUAAGUGGAUCCAUAAAGCUCUUCUUCAGCAAAUCAGGGUAAUAUCGUUCUUCUAUCUGACAUACUGUAUGUGACGACAUAGAAAA